AUGGCGGGGGCCGUGGUCUCAGAAGAUUGGUAUGCUAAGAGGAGUGCCGAGGUGUCCCGGCCGGUGGUUGUGAAGAAGCCGCGAAAGUUCGAGAAGUGGGUGCGGCGAUGGCGGAUGCCGUUUACAUUGGACAACUGGCGUUGGGGGUUGCAGGAGGCCUUGACAAUUUCGGUAUUGAUGUGGCCGUGUUGCGUGCCAAAGAUCGACCAAAUGUUCUUUAAUGGAAACUGUCGCUGGGUGGUCGCAUCGGCGACCCCCGUAAUUGAAGGGACGGCAGGGGGCACAACCCGUCGUAUGAUAGAUCGUGUCGCUGGGACGACCAUUGCGGGCAUUCUGGUUAUCAUUGCGAUUUCUGUGACUAUUGGAGUAAACUCGCAACGUUCAGAUGAUUGGUACUGCAUCUUAGCGCUGUACAUCCUCAUGUCCUUGUGUGGGUUUGUGUACAACUGGCUGUUGUUUGCCGUGCCCACACAUCCUCUUAUUGGUAUUACCGCGGCUUUCAUGACCCCUAUUAUUUUAUCAGGUUCCAUAUUUACCGGCAACGGCGUGUUCUACGCCUCUUGGCGGUCCAUCACCGUUUCCUUCGGUGUCAUCGUCUCUGGCGUCAUUUCACGUUACUUCCUUCCUCGGAGGGCGCGGGUGGACAUCAUCCAUGGCCUCUCCGACAUUAUGAUGCAUCUAUCCAACACUCUCGAGCCACUCGUGGAACUGGAAUCCGGACUAGUCGCCAAUGCCUCCUUCUUCAAACUUAAAAAUCAAGACUCAAUCGGACCCGCCACUCGGGGACCAACCAGUCGUGGCUGGGGCGACAGUGCCACCUUGGACGCGACUAAGUUGACGGGCAAAAUCAAAGUCACUGCAGAGAACUGGGAGGAGUUUAAGCAGGCAGUGUGGGAAAAGUUGGAGUUGUGUGGCAAGUUGACAAACGACCAGUUGGUGAUGGUCAAUGCGGCACGUACGGAAGUGUCUAUGCGUAAGAAAAACGCGUUCUUCCAAGAGGAGCAUCGGGAGGCGCUGGUCAAUAUUCGAACGCUCUUUUACCACGUGGCUUCUCUCUUCUUUCUCGUCGAGACCCAAAUUAUGGGUACCUCCGAAUUUGAAGAUGCCGAUCUUCUUGAGGAAAUCGAACACUGGUCACGCUUCGGCCUCCUCGACAUCGCUCGCGGACCAGAUAGCGAUGACGCUGGUGAAGAAAUGCCCCGCGGCCUCCUCGAACAUGCCCGAGCUAGCCGCCGAUCCACCUCCAGCUAUGAAGACCAGACCCAGCACGCCUGCCACCCAUCCGUGAACCAACAGAUCUCCCUGCUCACGUCUAGACUUGAAGCACGUCGACGCCAGACUCAGGACCGAACCGAGGACCUAGGCAGCGGCGAGGCCGUCCCCCAAGGUGCCUCCCGCGGGGUUUCGGCCGGCCUCAUCUCGGCCGCCGAUUACGCCAACUUGGCGGAGGCCGCGCUCCAAGAACUGCAGCACUGCGGCACCUCGCCCGAGGGGGGCAUUUUCCCUGGCGGUGUUAUCUCCGGUGAUGCCCCCGGCUCUGGGGGUCCACCUGCCCCAUCAGGUGCGGCUGCCCCAUCAGGUGCGGCUGCCCCAUCAGGUGUCGCUCCGUCGGCUGCCCCGUCAGGUGUCGCUCCGUCAGCUGCCCCGUCAGGUGUCGCUCCGUCGGCUUCGGACACGGACAAGUCGCGAGUAGCAUCGUCUGCAUCUACGUUAGUUCGAGGUGUGGAACGUAAGGCAUUGAGUGCGAACGAACGAAUGAAGGCGGAUGUUAAUCCCACUGUUCGUUGGGUUAAGUUGUAUGGGCCGACAAUUAGCCUAAUGGUGCGUUGUAUAUGCAAAGCGUUGUCGGCGGCGGCUGAAGGCUUGCGUGAGAACACGUUUCCGGUAGAGGCUGAGUUGGCGAUGAAGAAGGCUGCAGAUGCGAUUGCUUUAUUCCACCGACAGCGGGCAGAACGACAACAAGCCACGGCAACUUUUGUGGAGUACGCAGUGCAUGGACGUAGCAGCUCGGACAUGGCUGAGGACGACCCGACAUUCGUAGCGCGCUUCGAACGGAUGUUGGGCAUUAGCAUUGACGAAUACGACGCUUUCUCCGAAGAAGGUCGAGCCGCCUUCUGGCAGAGCUAUUGGCUGUUGCGCGACAGACUCUCCACCUCAGACACCAACGUCAUGACUCUAUUUGUAGCCGUACGCACCGCCAUUGCCGCCGUUGAACGUCUGAUUCGUGUUCGACGAGCUAAACUCAGUCGCGGUGAAGACCUACACGACCAUCUCGACCUAGAACGUUUGGAGGCGCAACAACAAGCAGCACUCCACAAGGCUGGCGGUGUUGCCGGUUUCCGCAACUCCAUUUACGCAGACGUCGCCGACACACGCCGACUGAGCCGCUAA